AUCCAUACCAGGCAUUUCAUCAGUGUCUAUUAUAUAUCCCAUCCUUGGCAUAAACCAUCAGAAGUCGCCACGUCGACUUCAUCUUGCUCGUGAUCAGCGUAGCGACACUGCAUACGCUAGGGUUACUGUGCUACAUCCAGUACGCACGACACCUGCAGCACAGCACGCGGGAGGCCACUCAGCACAUCGGUCUGUACUGCCAAACACUCGGCUGGUCUUCGCAGAACCUGGUUGCACAGUCGCAGAAUUGUCUGUCCUCGCCAUACCGGCCCUGCAGUUCCGCCGACAAGCAUGCCGCGUGAUCUGGCUUCAUUGCUCUCGCAGGCCACCGAGGACACUCUCGAUAAUAUGCCUCAACUGUCAAGCCAAAACAAGGAAGCCGGAUCUUCACAUCUGACUGCCGAUCCCGACCACGACUAUGACUCCGACUCGACCGAAUACAUCGACGAGCUGGGCCAGAGCAAUGCAAAGCGCGAUCCACUCCACCCCUACACCCAGACGCUUUCCCUCUCCGAUAUUGAAAGCUGUAUCCGACUGGAAGACGCCGCCUUUCCGCCCCACGAACGAUGCACUCGAGAAAAGUUCUACUACCGUCUGAGGCACUGUGGCGAGCUCUCCCUGGGCAUAUUCACCUCCGAGGAGAAUUCCGAAGCCACUACGGCUUCCACAGCGUCCCCAGCAUACAGCGGUGCACCCGAGCGCAAAUCAGUCCUAUUGGGUCACAUUGUAGCCACCAUGACAACCAACGCAACUGUGACGGACGACGAUAUGGCCAUUCCUACACGGGAGAAUCCCGAUCCCAAGCUCGGGAACAAAUCGCAAGGCCGCACAGUCUGCAUACAUAGCUUGGCGGUGCUUCCCGAGUAUCAGAAACGCAGUUUGGGGAGUACGCUGAUGAAGGCAUAUCUCCAUCGACUCAAAACGCAGAGUGUAGCCGAUCAUGUUGCAUUGAUUGCGCACGAUUACUUGAUACCGUAUUAUGAGCAAUUUGGUUUUCGCAGUUUGGGGCCCAGCAAGGCCCAGUUUGGUGGGGGUGGAUGGUAUGAUAUGACGAUCGAUAUAAACGCGAUCGAGGACGACGAGUAACCCCGACCAAUCGAAGAUGAUGACGUAUAUGAGAUGGAGACAUAAUGCGGCAAAUGCUUGGAAUCAUAAACGAUAUGAGUGACUGAUUGAUAGGAUACGAAUCUAUCAUGUUGUACUUUCCUCUCAAAAGAAAAAAGAAAAAAGAAGAUAGAGCAAAGAG